GCCAACAUCCUAUGUUGUACUAGUUCAAAAAAAAAUCCUAUGUUCUACUCCUAUGCUCGUAUUUGCCGCAGCUUAACUCGUACCCUUUCAACCCAAUGCAAACUAGUUCAAAUUCAAACCCAAAACCAAAACCCAUCUCUCUCCCUCACCACCACCGCCGCCACCAUUGUACAAUGGACCGACCUUUCAUCAACCACCCAAAGCCACUCUUCUCUCCUCCCACUCUGCUCCUCCACACAAUCCCUCAAACAAACCCAACAAGCCCAUGCCAUUGCUCUUCUCAAAGGACUACUUCCCAACUCUGUCUCGAUCUCUGCCUCUCUCAUUCUUCGCUACGCCACUUUCGGAGACCCAUCAACUUCACGCACUCUCUUCCAACUCACCGUCCCGUUUUCUCGCUCCGCCUUCUUGUGGAACACUCUCAUCCGAGCUUUCUCCAUUGCUGGACUUCAUGAUGCCUUCGAAAUUUACAACAGGAUGGUUCAAAGUGGAGUUGAACCCGAUGACCAUACGUUUCCUUUUGUUCUCAAGGUGUGUGCGGACUAUUCGGAGGUUCGGAAGGGUAAGGAGGUUCAUGGGUUGUUGUUCAAAUUGGAUUUUGAUUCGGAUGUGUUUGUGGGGAAUACCCUUUUGUUGUUCUAUGGAGGUUGUGGUUGUUUGAGUGAUGCAGAGAAGGUGUUUGAUGAAAUGUCUGAAAGAGACAUUGUGUCGUGGAACACGAUUAUCGGGGUGUUUUCAGCUAAUGGGUUUCAUUCCAAAGCACUUGAAUUGUUUCAGGAGAUGAAAUCAAGGUCUAGGUCUAUGCCAAAUGUUGUUGGUAUUGUGACUGUUUUGCCAGUGUGUGCCGCAUUGGAGGAUGAAGUGACGGCGAGUGAGACUCAUUGCUAUGUUGUGAAGGUAGGUUUGGAUUUUCAAGUGACUAUCAGUAAUGCUUUGAUUGAUGCCUAUGGGAAAUGUGGGAAUGUGAAGGCUAUGAAGCGGGUUUUUAGUGAAAUGGUUGAGAAGAAUGAGGUUUCCUGGAAUGCGAUCAUAACUAGUUUUGCUUAUAGACACAAUAACAGAGAUGCCUUGCACAUGUUUAGGUUGAUGAUCGAUGCAGGGAUAAAACCAAACCCGGUCACUCUUUCUAGUAUGAUACCGGUGUUGGUUGAACUAGAUUGUUUCCUUGCCGGGAAAGAACUUCAUGGUUUUAGUCUAAGAAUGGGAAUGGAAUUUGAUAGAUUUGUCACCAACUCACUGAUUGAUAUGUAUGCAAAAUCAGGGCACUCAACUGAAGCUUCAACUGUUUUUAACAACAUGAAUACAAGGAAUGUGGUCUCAUGGAAUGCCAUGAUUGCUAAUUUUGCUCAAAACAGUCUUGAGUUUGCAGCGGUAGGACUUGUUAGAGAAAUGCAAGCUCAUGGUGAGAUUCCCAACUCUCUCACCUUCACAAAUGCUCUUCCUGCUUGUGCGAGAAUAGGCUUUCUUCGUGCAGGAAAGGAAAUCCAUGCUCAGUCGAUUCGAAAAGGGUCUGUCUUUGAUUUAUUUGUCUCAAAUGCUUUGAUGGAUAUGUACGCAAAAUGUCAAUGCCUAAACAUUGCUCAAAAAGUGUUUGACAUUUCCCUUAGAGAUGAGAUAUCAUACAAUAUACUAAUAGUAGGCUAUUCCCAAACUAGUGACUGCUUAACAUCUCUAACUUUUUUUUUGGAGAUGGGACUGAUGGGAAUGAUGCAUGAUACCGUUUCUUUUGUGGGCAUUCUCUCGGCUUGUGCAAAUCUCUCUGCUAUCAAGCAAGGAAGGGAAAUCCAUGGAUUCUUGGUAAGAAAGCACUUUCAUACACAUCUCUUCAUUGCGAACUCACUUUUGGACUUUUAUACCAAAUGUGGGCAGAUUGAUCUUGCUAGAAAGGUUUUUGAUCAGAUCCCUCAUAAGGAUGUAGCUUCAUGGAAUACCAUGAUUUUAGGCUAUGGCAUGCUGGGCAAGUUGGGUAUUGCCAUCAAUCUCUUUGAAGCCAUGAAAAGGACAGGUGUAGAAUAUGAUUCAGUUUCAUAUAUUGCAGUUUUGUCAGCUUGUAGUCAUGGAGGAUUCGUUGAGGAGGGAAAGAAAUAUUUUGACGAGAUGAGUGCUUGUGAUAUUAAGCCAACACAGAUGCACUAUGCUUGCAUGGUUGAUCUUCUUGGCCGAGCUGGCCUUUUGAAAGAGGCGGCAGAGCUUAUUAAAAGCCUUCCAAUUACACCAGAUGCUAGUGUUUGGGGUGCUUUACUUGGGGCUUGCCGAAUCUAUGGGGAUAUAGAAUUGGGGUGUUGGGCAGCUGAGCAUUUGUUCAAGCUAAAGCCAGAGCAUUCCGGGUACUACAUACUUCUAUCAAACAUGUAUGCAGAUGCAGGGAGGUUUAAUGACGCAGAUCAUGUUAGAGAAUUGAUGAAAUCAAGAGAAGUGAAGAAGAAUCCUGGUUGCAGUUGGGUUUGAAAGGAAGAGAGAAAAUGGAGGGAUAAUAGGUGCUAUUUGUUGAAACAGAGAAUUUUUUUGUUAUUUAUUUUGUUUUUUAGAUGUGAUUAGGGUGAAACAGAGUGCACAUUUGUGAACUUGCUGUAAUUACUAAUUAUGCAACUGUCUAUGCAUUGCUUUUGAGAGUUGAGGCAGGACAGUUGAACCCAUUGAUUAAUGGAUAUCAGUGUACAAUAUACUAAAAUGUUAUACAAAUUAUUUGUCCUAGCAACUG